AUGGCUGCAAUGGACAAAUUCUCCUCAAAGCUACGGACGCUCUUUCAGGAGAGGAUGCCGGUAACGUCGUCUGCGACGCCUCCCAGAGCCGGACAGAGAAGCCAAGAGCGCGAAAGGUUUGAGCCCUACGGCGAAAGCAACAGCCUCGGCGCCUCUGGCCGCACCCAAGUGUCAGGCUACGACCAGCAUUCUCAGCCACCGACAAAUAGCUGGGGGCAAUCCCACCCAACAUGGGUAAAUCCUGGACCGACCUGCCCAGCAAAAACAGCGUACGGCCCACUCCAUGCUUUGGCCAUAUCACUGGGGCAAAGCUGCCCCACACAUCCUGUGGUCCAACAACUUGGCCCAGUUCACACCGUGGCCGUCCAGACCCAUCCUGGCCUAGGCAACGCGACCGCUGCUUCGUCACAGCAAUACGGUCAGAGCAAUCCGACCGUUUCACCAUUACAGGCGUGGUUAUUUUCGUCAGGCUCCCACAUUCAGUACGGUUCGGCCCUUCCGACAGCAACACAUACGCACCCCGGUCAAACCUACGGCGCUUAUCUAGUGCCGCCCGGCUCGGUCGCAACAACCGAACCCCCCGUUCAAGUGGCCCAGCAGAUAAGGCCGCAGAACGAAGGGCAACAAGUUCCGCGGCUGGUUGCGGCCUAG